AUGCUGUUCAACAAGGUUGCAGCUCUGUCUUUGAGCUCCUUGCUCGCCAGCACAGUCUCCGCAGCUGAUUUGCCAGCUAUUGAGAUCAAAGGCAACAAGUUUUUCUUUUCCAACAAUGGCUCUCAAUUCUACAUGAAGGGUAUCGCUUACCAACAGGAUAGUGCCAACUCCACACAUGGCAACACUUUCAACGAUCCUCUCGCUGACUACUCUGCCUGUUCCAGAGAUAUUCCAUACAUGCAAGCUGUUGACACUAACACAAUUCGUGUCUACGCUCUAAAUGCCAGCUUGGAUCACACUCAGUGUAUGAAGGCUUUGAACGAUGCCGGCAUCUACGUCGUUGCUGACUUGUCGCAACCUUCUGAAUCUAUCAACAGAAACAGCCCAUCGUGGACGGUGGAACUGUAUGAACGUUACACCUCGGUCGUUGAUCAAUUCCAUAACUACACCAACGUUCUCGGGUUUUUCGCAGGUAACGAAGUCACAAACAACAACUCGAACACUGAUGCUUCUGCCUUCGUGAAGGCCGCCAUCAGAGACACCAAGGCUUACAUCAAGCAGAAGGGAUACAGAUCUAUCCCUGUCGGAUACUCAACCAACGACGAUGAAGAUACCAGAGUCCCCAUGGCCGACUACUUUGCCUGCGGUGACGACGAUGUGAAGGCAGACUUCUAUGGUAUCAAUAUGUACGAGUGGUGUGGUGACUCUACUUUCCAAACUUCCGGUUACGCCGACAGAACCAAGGAAUUUUCUAACUUGACCGUCCCACUCUUCUUUUCCGAGUACGGCUGUAUCGAAAGCAGACCCAGAAAGUUCCAAGAAGUUGGUACACUAUACGGUCCUAACAUGACUGACGUUUGGUCCGGGGGUAUCGUGUACAUGUACUUUGAGGAGGAGAACAACUAUGGGUUAGUUUCCGUAGCCGACAACAAGGUCAGCACCUUGUCCGACUACAGCUAUUACUCGGAGACCAUCAACAAGGUGUCUCCAACCUCCAAGAACUCCAACUCUUACUCUCCUUCCUCCACAUCGUUGUCCUGUCCAGCCACCAACUCCAACUGGAAGGCUGCUACCAGUCUGCCACCUACCCCUAACAGCGCUCUUUGUGAAUGUAUGUCGAACUCCUUGAGCUGUGUUGUCGACGACAGCGUCAGCGAGGACGAUUACGGCGACUUGUUUGGCGUUGUGUGCGGCACAAUCUCUUGCGAUGGUAUCACUGCUGACGGUGCCAACGGUACUUAUGGCUCAUACUCAUUCUGCAAUGCCAAGGACAAGCUAUCCUUCGUGUUGAACAACUACUACAUUAAGAACGGCAAAAGCAAGUCCGCUUGUGAUUUCAGUGGAUCAGCUUCCUUGCAGUCUGCUACCACUGCCUCUUCCUGCAGUUCUGCUUUAAGCCAAGUUGGGUCCGUUGGCACUGGUUCUGCUAGUGGUCUUUCAUCCUUUACCGGCUCCGGCUCUGGCUCUUCAGCAUCUGGUUCCGGUUCGGGCUCUGCUUCCAAAUCUUCAAGCUCCAGCUCCAGCUCCAGCUCCAGUGGCUCCGGCAAAAAGAACGCUGCCGUUGCAAGCACUCAGACCUCUUUGGCCAAGGUUUUCAUGACCGCUUUGGUCGUCAUUGGUGCUACCGCAGGUGUUGGUUUCGUAAUCGCUUGA